UUGCAUUGAAUCUGUAACAUAGAUAUUUAUAUUGUGUUCAUAACAGUAGCAAAAUUACUGUUGUGAAGUAGCUAUGAAACUAAUUUUAUGGUUAUGGCUCACAAAACUUGAGGAACUAUAUUAAAGGGUUACAGCAUGACGGAGGUUGAGAACCACUGCCCUAGAAUGUUCCCGACCCAUUUGCUUCCCCUCAAUUCCAUGUGCAAGUUAUCCCUGCCAGACUUUGUUUCUUUGCAUGAAACAGAUAUUACCUAAUUAUUUUAUGCAGAAAGAUGUUCUAUAACAGAGCAUUGGGGGUGGAUGAAAAAAUUGGAGAACUAGAGGGCAUUGCCACCAAACUGGACUCCAAGAGGACAGGAAGAGGAGGAGCUGGGCGUCCCCCACUGAAGCUACUGACUGGACACACAGCCCUUUGACCACAGCCUUGGGACUAGUAAGUCCCACUUUCCACUGCAACUGCUUCUUGACCCUCAGGAGGCAGCUAGCUGGACACUUACACACUGGUCCAACCUCCACUCCCACAAAGGCUUCUCGAUGCUUAGGAAGCCAAUGUCUAGUCACUGAACGCUGAUGCCAGAACAAUCAUCUCUGCAUCAGUGCCUGCCAAUUGCAGUAGUUAACAUAGCAGGAAAUCUGCUCCUGCUUCUCUUCCACCUUCUAAACCUAGUACACAGAUGCAUCAAGUUGGAUAACCCUCGUCCACAUCUUUCCAGCCCCUGCUAUGAGGAGGAAACACCAGAAGGCAGUUUGAGUGGCUACCAAGUGCCUACUCUACGACUUGAAUCUUAUUUUUUGAGAUCUCUUUCAUUUUAGAAGUAGCUACCUGGGUACCACAUGAAAUAAUAGGCUUGAUUAAAAUAAGCACCCCUGACCUGACCGUUUUCUAGCUGUGUUCUUAGUGAAGGUCUUUAAGAAGGUUCAGGGGCACAGACAUCAUUGGCAAAUGUUGCCACCCCAGUUCAUAGGUACAAGAACAUCCAGGUAUUUUCAUACUAGCAAGGCCCUGAAUUAUCAAGCCUUUGGUUAAGACUGUGAGGUCUAGGCAUUGUACCUCCUUUAAUAGAACCAUAGUCCCUUUUUGCUAGUGCCCUCAUUCUAGCAUGAGUUCAUCUCUCUAUAAAAUGGCAAGAGUUAACCAGUAUUCUAAAUUUAUUCAGCAUUUCAUGGUGAGCCACUGAUUGGAGGUAUAAGGUUUGCCUUCCAGGUUAUCACAGAUAUAAUAAGAACAACAAUCACAAACUCAUCUCUGAUCUCCCUGCCCACCUUCCAACCACUAAAUCAAAGAAUAUGUGUAUCACAGAGCUUAGGUAUCACAAGCUGAUUUCUGGCAUCCCUGCCCACCUCCCAACCACUCAUUCAAAAUGUAUGCAUAUCACAGAACUUGGGUAUUACUUAUGUCAUUUCCCAAGAUCUAUAUUAACGGGGUGGAGGUUAUGCUAUUGUUCCAGUGAUCCAGUGAGGGUGCUUUGGAUAAUGCAGAAGUCUUUUUCGCUCACAUAGACCAGGUUGAGUGACCCAAGCUCCUAGACUCAUUCUGUCAUUUUGUUUUGUUCCUGUUAGCCCAUAGCGACUCCAUGUCUGCUGCUUCAGCAUCUGCCCUUAAGUCUGUAUGUCAGCAAGUGAGAAGAAGGAAGUUAGGUCUGUCCUGAACACUUGUGCAGAGCCUGGAGUGAGAAUGCAAAGAAGGGACAAUAUUCUUAUGUUAGAGCAUUUUAAAGUUGUCAAGCCAUUAAGUGUGUCUCUCUUCUUUCUUUCAAAAACAAAAACAAAAACAAAAAAAAAAAAAAAAAAAAAACUUGUCUUGAAAUUUAGGAUCAGAGUUCUGAGAACAUGAAACAGAGAGAACUGCUCUACAGGCCACCUUCUUUGUCUUCUACAAGUCUCUCUUAUAUACUUGUGCAUACCUAGCUUGACAUCCACGACGUCUGUACUGCCCACUAACAGCCAUGCCUUUGCUACUCGAGGAACUUCAAAGUAUGCACACAUACAGCACAGUGCACUCAUGAGUGGACAAACCUGAAAACAAGAAUUGUACAGGCUUUAUAGCCAUCUGGACAGGCAAUUCAGAGUUUCUGUGCCUCAAGAACAUAUUCAACAAAGAAAGACAGAGGAUUUUUAAUCAUUUUUGGUGGAUGGGGAGGAGGGAGACAGAAUCUCAUGUAAUCCAGGCUGACCUCUAACUCUGUAAUUAGCCAAGGAUAGCCUUGAACUGCUGAUCCUUCUGUGUCUGCUUUAAGAGUCCUGGAAUUAUAGACAUGUGCCAGCACCAGCUAUGAGGUUGACACCGACUCUAGAUGCACACUUCAUUAGUCCCCUAAUUACCCAGUCCAUGGGAAAGAGUCUGGCCAGAGGAGAGGUAGAUGGGGCCCUCUUGGUGAGGUUUGCUUACUGAGAGGGAGGGGAAGGAGUCAGUGCCUACUCCCUUUACAAAACCUCAUCCAAACACUAACCGUGGCACCUCUGCCCAAGAUAUAGUGACCAAGAUGCAGUCACUCAGCUUCAUCUUUUAGCAAAGGAAGCUGGGAAAUGCAGCCUUUAUUCAAGGAGGCCAUGUGCCCUUCUAGUGUUCAGGGAUUCUUUACUUUCUAAAGAGAUCAGAUCCUGGGAGUAAACCAGCAGUCUCUGCCACAGGCACAUGCCUUUUCACAAAUCACACUUCUGUUUAGACAAGCAAGUUCUUCACAGUCUGCUUUCAGAGAGGUGGAAGCAGAUUUGGAGGCAAGACAAUACUGUCAGUUAUAAUUGACGGUCAAAAUAAUUGCACACCUGAGCAUUUUUCAAUGGGCAGCCAAUAUGCAGUGUUCCAGCUCUGAGAUGUUGUCUAAUUUUCAGAUCAGUCAAGAGAAACCAAAACCAAAUGAAUUUCUUAAUUCAAAGAAUAGUGUAAAAUUAUGACACUAAUUGAAUUUUACUCUUAAACCUGAGAAUGAAUCGGACCUUAAGAAAAUAAAAAUAAUAAUAAUAAUAAUCCAAAAACUUCGCCAUGUAUAGUAGCCUAUUUUCCAAAAGUACUCAGCCACUACCAAAUGAGCACUUGCAAAUCCAAAAAAAAAAAGUGGGGGGAGGGGGAGUUGUUUCUGGCAUUGUUUCCUCUGGCCAGGGUGGAUAUGAAGAUGGUGUAAAAUUCAUGAAAAAUUAGGCAGAAGUAUACUAUACUGCAGUAUUUUAACCAAAUGUAAAAGACUUGCAAUAUAACGUUAUGUUAUAAUAAUGUAAUCAUUAUUGAAUAAUAUAAAUGUAAAAGUAUAAAAAUAUAAUAACUAGAGGUUGGUGAAAUGGAUUAGUUGGGAAGAGCACCUACCUUGCAAGCAUAUGAACCUGAAUUAAAAUCCCAAGCAGCUACCUAAAAACCCAAACAUGACUGUAUAUGCCUGUACCUCAGCACUGGGGAGCAGAAACAGGCAGAUCUCAAAGCUUGCUGGCUAUCCAGACCAGCCAAACUGGCAAGUUUCUAGUUCAGUGAGAAAGACAAAACAAGAUGGGAGUAAUAGAAGACAUCUACUCUCCUGCUCUGGCUGCUCCAUGCACACACUCAUACACUCACAUGCUUGCACCAUACACGUAUACCAAACCCCACACACAAUAAUAACAAUGUAAUUACAGAAUAGCAUGAGACACUGGCGUUCUUAGUAGCUGAAACAACAGUCAGAAACUCUGGAAUAUUGAGGAAUGUAUCAAACCUACUCCAUCCUCUUCCCUGUGCCUCUAUUAGGAAAUUCAUCACUGAGAAAAGGGAAGUCUCCCUAUAAGAUAGAACAAGAAAAUAGUGCUUUAGCCUCCUCCACUCUAGGCCCCUGGGGAUAAUCAGAUGUGUGCUUUGUUGGUCAGAAAAUAAAAGUGGAGCCCCAAGCAGUGAGCCGUGGUUCACUGCAGCUAUGAGUUCCUGGAUGCUGAUGGUUUUGUUAUGCAGCCUUUCUUGUAACUGUUGCAUAGUACUGAUUGUUUCCCAGUAUGCAUUUGUUCUUCCUUCCAUAGUAAUCAACUUAAUCAACCUUUUUACAUACUUUUAAACUCAAAGUCUCUUUUGCAGCUCAGUCUGGUUUUGUCUAAAUUUGGGUUGUGAGUAGAAAUGACAUGGCCAACUUCCAGGUCCUGUCUUCUUGGCCACAUUUCCCUCCCACCCCCACUCAGCAUCAGUCUUGGAGCCGGAAGUGGAUUCCCUUAUUUAAAAGGCAGACCAAUCCUUUGUGCUCAGAAUUGCCUACUUGUGGGAGUAAAGUGGAGAAUAAAUACACUUCUACCUUUUAAGAAAAUAUAUUUGUGUGUGUGUGUGUGUGUGUACGUGCGCAUUUGUGUGUGUACCUGAAGAGGCCAGGAGCAUCAGAUCCCCUGGACCUAGAGAUACAGGAGGUUGUGAGUGGUACCAUUUCUACUUUUUCAAGCCACUCUUAGUACAAGAAUGCUUCUAUUGUGGCUCCUUAGCCUGUACUCUAAUUCUUUGCAUCACACAGAGCAUGAUUACAGAAACCAGCAAGCUCUCUGCACGUGAGGGCACCACAGAGCUGACUGCAAGGGAGUGGGAUGGAUGCUUGCUGCUCAUUUGUUUCCUCCCCUCUGUGUGAAGAAGGAAAAAUAAUUAUUAAAGCCCAGGUAGAGGAGCUUCAUGUUCCGACAUUUCCUUUAUUUGCCAUUUUGGCAGCAGUGAAGACAUGUGCAAAAGACAGAUUUUUAAAAUGAGGUGGGGCACUCGGGACUUAGCAUGUGAGUCCUCGUCUUCAUUGUCGCCAUGCCCACCGACAUCAGCCAGUGGUCCGGCCCGCUGAGCGCCCGCAGCAAGCACGGGUCGCCUACGCCGGGAUGGAGCUGGACGAGCUGGGCAAAGUGCUGACGCCCACCCAGGUUCAGAAUAGGCCCAGCAGCAUUUCAUGGGAUAGCCUUGACCCAAGGAAACUCUACACCCUGGUCCUCACUGACCCGGAUGCUCCCAGCAGGAAAGACCCCAAAUUCAGGGAGUGGCACCAUUUUCUGGUGGUCAACAUGAAGGGCAAUGACAUCAGCAGCGGCAAGGUCCUCUCCGAUUACGUGGGCUCUGGGCCUCCCAGUGGCACAGGCCUCCACCGCUACGUCUGGCUGGUGUACGAACAGGACAAGCCACUGAACUGUGACGAACCCAUCCUCAGCAACAGGUCAGGAGAUCAUCGCGGCAAGUUCAAGGUGGCGGCCUUCCACAAGAAGUAUCACUUGUGAUCCCCGGUGGCGGGCACAUGUUACCAGGCGGAGUGGGACAACUACGUGCCCAAGCUGUAUGAACAGCUCUCUGGGAAAUAGAGGUGCCGUGGAGGCCAGCGGUUCUGGGGACCCCCACAGUAUUGUCGAGUUGUACAAAGUAUGCUGUUUCUCCUCCUUCCUUCCUACCCCUCGCAGGGAGUCCUGAGCUGUGCUAGAAUAGAGGUGUAGGGUGACUUCCCACUGCCCAUCCUUAGGAUUCUAAUGAUCGUAUCCAGGUUUAUGUUUGCUCGAAUUUAGUCUCCAUCUAGGGGGUGUUUGGUGUUCUGAUGGAGUCCUUGUAUUGUUAAUUUAAGAUUUGCAACUCUGAAAAGUAAAGACACUCUACCCCAUGUGAGGGUGAGGGCUAGUGUUGUCUGUAUGUGGUUUGACAAGGACUCGCCCAGAACCAGGCAUGGUAGCAUCUUCUGAGAUGUGUUUUUAAAGUUCUGUCCCCAACUGGGACAACACAAGGCUUCCAUCUCAGCUGGGGCAGGCGGCUGCACAGGUGUUGGUGUCCUGUAGCUCUAAAGAACAAGGCUACUGUGCUGAGGCGAGGCCCCAGAGA